AUGGCUCAGUUCUGGCCAGAUCUCGCUGCUCAAAUGAUGGCCAUGGCAGGACCCUGUGGUUGUCGACCGCAGGUGCAGUUUGCAGCUAUGGGAGCGCAGAUGAGCGGCCCUCGGAAGGACAUGCAGCAGCCGUUACCUACAGCUUUGCCUCCAGUGUCCCACAGUGCCCAGCCUUCCCAACCCAUGGGGCCACAAUUUGUGCCGCAGCGCGACCUCCCACAAGCGUCCCCGCAAGGCGCUGCAACCCUCAGCCAACCUUCACAGUCGCAGCCGUCGCAAGCACAAAUGCACACUCCCCAGUCAUCGCAGGCACCACCUGCGACACCCCCUACAAGCCAACCGGCUUCAUUCCAAGCGUACCCGUCACCCAGCCACAUUCCCAAAGCGCCAGCACAGAUUCAGCAGCCCACUCAGCUUCAGCCCUCGCCGCAGGCACCCGUUCGCAUGCAGCCCCAGCAAGCGGUGCCGCCGCAGUACGAGUCCCGCCCUCAAGCGAUGCCGUUUCAGCCUCCCCAGCCACAGCCACAGCCAGUGCCCAUGCCGGCGCAGCCGCCGCAGCAGCCGGCACUACAGCAGCAGCCGCCGCAGCAGCCGGGACUGCAGCAGCAGCAGCAGCAGCAGCAGCAGCCACCGGAGCAAGCGCAGCAUCCAGGAGGCCAGCCGGUUCCAGCCCAGACCCAGGACGUGAGUCACAUGGUGCUUCCCACACCUGCCGAAGCGCAAAGCCAAAUCGACCAGCUCCAGAAGCAGCUUCAGCAGCUCCAGCAGCAGCAGCAGCUGAUCAUGCAACGCCAGAUGCAGGGUCUGCAAGUGCCCUGUGCUCCGGCGGCUCCGGCGGCUCCGGCGGAGGCUCCGCCUGCCCAGAGCUCGGCUCCAAACGCGCCAGGGCCGCCUCAGCCGGAGGCACCGCCUUCGCAGCCCCUCCCGGUGACUCCACCACCGCCGGCAGCUCUUCAGGUGGAGGACCUGGUCGAGGCCCAAUGUGCCGGUUGGGGAGACGAGUGGUUCCCAGCGAAGGUGCGAGAGCUCCUGCCCAACAACGAGGUUCAGGUUCUCUGGGAAGGCGAAGAGCCUUCCAUCUCCAACGUUUCUUUGAGCAUGGUCCGCAGACGAGGCGAUGCGAUGAGCGCGGAACGAGCGAGCGCGGGUGAGCCGGUGUCCCAGCCUGCGGCUGCUCCGGCUGCUCCUCCGGCUCCUGCGGCUCCUGCUGCCGCUCCAACACUCCCGCCAGAGGCCGAGGCUCCCUCAGCGCGGAAGAGGCCCGCCGCGGAGGCUGCGUCCUCGGGGCCUUUGGGGGCCGUGGGCUCCAGGACGGCCUUGCAGGCCUGGGCGAUGCAGCACGGCAUGGUGAGCAACGUCGAGGUGAAGGUCGACCCCAUGGGCGUCUCUAGGGGCUUUGGCUUCGUCACCUUCCAGGACCCACAGGUAGCCCAGAACAUCGUUGCCAACAAGGACAACAACUCCAUGGACGGCAAGUGGAUAGACUGCAAGCUGGCCAUGCCCCCAGGCUCCGCACCCGCAGCCGGUGCCAAGGGCGCAGGGAAGGGUUCGAUCGACCCGAACAACCCGAAGAUCUUUGUCGGGGCCUUGCCGAAGAGCGCCACUGAUGACUCAGUGACGGCUUACUUCGGCCAGUUCGGAGCAGUCAGAGAGGUCACUGUCAAGAUGGCAGAAGAUGGUCAGUGCAAGGGCUUUGCAUUCGUGACCUUUGAGGACGUAGCCUCCGCCAAGCUCGUCUUGGACAACUACAACUCGAACAUGUUCGAGGGCAAGUGGAUUGAUUGCAAGCCAAUCGUGUCCAUGCCGAAGGGCAAAGGCAAAGCCUUUGGCAAAGGCUUUGGCGGAUUUGGAGGCUUCGGCAACGGUGGUUUUGGCAAGGGCGGCUAUGGCAUGGGAGGAGGUUUCGGUGGCUACGGAGGUGGUUAUGGCGGCGGCUAUGGUGGUGCUUGUGGUGGCUAUGGCGGCGGUGGCAAGGGUGGUUACGGCGGUGGCGGCUGUGGCGCAUAUGGAGGAGGUGGCUUCGGUGGAAAAGGGGGAGGGGGAGGAUACGGUGCAGCUGCGAUCGGAUACGGUGGUGGCUACGGAAAAGGCUAUGCCAAGUCCGUCGAAGUGGAGGGGCCUCUGAUGGAGUUCAGCUUGCGUCCCGGCAUGGAGUUUUCAGAAGCUUUUGCCAACCUACGCAGGCGCUUGGAGCUGGAGUUGAAGGAGGGCCGGAAGGUGUCGGUACGGCUGCGCGUGUUGAGGCCCCCGCCGGAGCCCACGUCGCCAGCGCCGGGCGAGGUGCCGCCCGGCGAGCCGCCGCCCGGCGAGCCGCCGGGAGAGCCCCCCGAGGCGCAGGUCGCGCCGGCGCCGCCGGGGCCACCCGACACGCCGCAGACGCCGCAGACGCCGCCGGUGAUGGAGGCCCUGCAGAGGCCUGUCCUGCCAAAGGACAAAGGCGCUGUGCCGCCUAGCUUCCCGAGCGGGCGAUCAAUGCCGCAGAAGGGCUGGUGGAGGCCGGGCUACGGAGGCUAUGGCAAGGGCAACGGCUUCCGAGCUGCUAGCUCAGUCUCAGAGUUCGAGCGGCGAUGCCUGAAGUCAGCUUUGCGAGGCACCCAGCUGGACCUGAGGGCGGUUCAAAGAGUGCUGACGAAAAAAGGCAGCGGGAAUGCCGCCGCGAGCCCAGCAGACGAGAAAGCCUGGAGCUGUGGGAACAUGGGAUUUUGCAGAGCGACACUAAGUCCGACACCUCCGGAGCCCGGGAAGCCGCCGCAACGGCUGCAGGAUCCGUUGCAAGAUCGGCCCGUGAAAGAGGUGCCUUUGCCACCCGCCCAGCUGUUGACUGCAGAAACCUUUUACGAGAAGAAUGGUGAGCCAAACAUGCCGGUACUCAUGGAGCAUUUGAUUUUGGAAGGAGCUCUGUCGCAAGAGCUCCUCUUGGACAUAAUAAGCAAGGCGUCAGACCUGUUCAAGGAUGAACCCAACUUGUUGAAACUCAACGAUCCCAUUACAGUAGUUGGAGACAUCCACGGUCAGUAUUACGACCUUGUGAAGUUGUUGGAGGUUGGUGGGCAGCCUGGUGAGACGCAGUACAUCUUUCUAGGAGACUAUGUUGAUCGUGGCUCCUUCUCCGUCGAGGUUGUUGCUGUGCUGUACUCCUUGAAGAUCAAAUACCCUAAGCAGGUACGAAUGCUCAGAGGAAACCACGAAUGCCGACAGAUGACGUCGUUCUUCAACUUCCGUGAGGAGUGUGAGUACAAGUACGACAUCGGAGUUUACAAUGCGUUCAUGGACUCCUUUGACAACCUGCCUUUAGCAGCCACCAUCAAUGGCAAGUUUCUUUGUGUUCAUGGCGGCCUCUCUCCUGACCUUGGCAACGUCAAGGCCAUUACAAAGAUCAAUCGCUUCACUGAGCCUCCAAAGGAAGGCCUCUUAUGUGACUUGUUGUGGUCGGAUCCGCUAGAACCCAAAGACGGAGAACAGCGGCCCAGCGCCAAGAAGGGCGGCCCGCCUUUCGUGCCGAACGAGGUCCGCGGCUGUUCGUAUUUCUACAGUUUUGACGGAGCGACAACAUUUCUGAAGAAGAACAACUUGUUGUCGAUCAUUCGGGCUCACGAAGCUCAACUCGAAGGCUACAAAAUGCACAAGACGAAUCCAAGCACAGGCUUUCCUCUUGUCAUAACAAUUUUCUCCGCGCCGAAUUAUUGUGACGUUUACAACAACAAGGGAGCCAUUCUUAAGUUUGACAACAGCACCUUGAACAUCUUGCAGUUCAACUGCUCACCGCACCCCUAUCACCUGCCAAACUUCAUGGAUGUUUUCCAGUGGAGCAUGCCCUUCGUCAUCGAAAAGGUGACGGAGAUGCUCUACUACAUCCUGCAGCCUGCAGCCGGAACGGUGGAUUCCGACGAUGACUCCGCCUUGCCCACUCUGCCUGACUCCAACUGGGUCAACCACAGAGCCUCCCUGACCGACGAUCAGAAUCAGACGGUGGACAUGGCCACACGCCUGGCCGCGUUGAUCGCAGGCGAGAAUGCCAAGGAAAGAGAAGCAAGUGGUUCAAAGGUCGACCCAGAGGUUCGAGACCGAAUGCGAAAGAAAGUGCGAUCCAUCGCAAGGAUGGCCCGCAUGUUCAAGACUCUCAGACAGGAGAACGAGACCGUCGUGCGUCUCAAGGGCGUUUGCCCCGGCCACAAGCUGGCUCCAGGGCUUCUCCUUGCGGGCAAGGAGCGACUGACCUCUGAGCUGGAGCUCUUCAGCCACGCCCAGGGCAUCGAUCUGGUGAACGAGAAGCGGCCGGAGGAGGGCAAGUCCGGCCCUGGGCUCAACAGCCCGACGGACUUCCGGGAUGCGGGGAUGUCCCUGACGUGCCGGGAGGCCUUCCUUUGCGAGGCGGACGUUUGGGCUGUGAGCGUGGCAAACGAUGUUCCGAGCUUGAAUGCCAUGCAUUUGACAUUUCAUGAUGAGAUCGGCAGCCGUCCUGCAUUUGUGAAAUGCCGGACGCCCAAGUCUGUGGGAGUGGAGCUUGCCGCAGAAGACAAAAAAAGGGACAUGACCAUGAAGCCCGACGAACCGGCACUCCGGAAAGAUGCCCAAGUGUCACAUUCCAACGCCAACGAUCAGGGGGAUGGCCACGGCCAGGGCCGUGGCCAUGCCCGUGCCGAGAGGCCUCAGGAGUGGCGGAAGCAGCGCAGCUCGGCCUCGGCCUUGCACCUGGAGGACGGCGCCAAUGCUUCUAAUUCGUCUCAGGAUGGCGCCAAUGGGUCUGAGUCGGCCAAGGAUGAGGCCUUUGCAUAUGCGGACACGACCGGUCAGAUCGCGAAGCUCAAGCAGGAAACCAAGCAGUACGAAGAUCAAGUCAAGGGCCCGGUCGUGGACACGGCCGACAUGUGGCUUCAGGAGAACACGCGCAGCUCGCAAGAGAGUUGGUGCACAGGGCUACGCCACGAGGAGUUUGUGAAGGAGCUGAGUCGCGGAAUGGAUAUUGAGAAGCAAUUGGUCCACAAAUUGCGCACGGAGGCAAAGAAGAAGGCAGAGGAGAAAAUGAAGGAGGCGGAGUCGAACUCCACUACGGAGUCGAACUCCACUGAGGCGAACUCCACCAAGGAGGCAAGUUCCAAGGGCACGGAGACGAACUCCAACUCCACCGAGGCUUCGUCAGGCGCCGAGAAAGGUCACGAGAACACGACGUCGAGAUCAAAGUGA